CCAUGUGACUUUCAACCUAUGUAUAGAUAUGCAUAUACCUUUAACUGUGAAGUCAGCUGAUUUCGACUGGCUGCUUCUCAGAUGCAAAUGGAAGAAGAAAAUAUGGUCAGAGACGAGUAUCCAGCACCGGAAGAAAUGAAGAAGGAAGGAGAUAUGGAGGAGACGAUGCAAACGGAGGAAACUAAUCGCGACGAUGUCGACGAGGAAAUGAACAAUGCCGAGAAUGAGGAACAUUCCGGUGACAUUUGCGAAUAUCUCGAGAACGAUGUGUAUCCCGAAGAUAUAUAUACAGGCCUAGGUAUAAAAGCGUUAGAGGACGAGUUGGAUCAUUUGCAAACUGCUUUGGAUCAUUUGGAAAGGAAAAACGACGAUAUACAUGCACAGUUGACCGAACUGUUGCAAUCUAAUCGUGAAGCAAGGAAACAGUUUCAGGAAUCACUACAAGUCGAAGGACAGUAAUCAAAGUAAUAAUUAUUCUGUACUUAGAAAAUGUUUGCUAAUUUGGUGUUGUCGGAAAAUACUCCCAAGUA